CACGGGAGCGGUAGGCUCAGGUGGCGCGUGACCCUGGGACCGCUGUGCCGCGCGCGGCCAAGGGCCUGAUCUUUGAACAGGAAGCUUCAAACUUUAAAGAAGAAGCCUUCAGAAUGGCUUUGAAGAAGACAAGCUAGACACUGCUUCAGGGCACCGCCUUCAGAAUGCAUCUCACCUGUCCAGGGGCGUCCCUGGUGAGGAGCUCUUUGAAGGGUUCGUUCCGCAGAGGGCCAGAGAGCUGAUGCUCGUGGAACCAGAUUGGUGGAUUCGACUUUCUGGAACAAUCGUCUUGCUUUUAUUCUGUUCUUUCUGGGAGGCUGGAGGUACUGAUGGGACGGAAGGGCCUCCAGGGAAGGGAAGCAGCACUUUCAUGCUGAAUGAAAACUAGACAAGUCACUGCUGGCACCUGGAGGCACCUGAACGCCCCACAUCCGGAUUCAGCAGACUGGGGACCCGGAGGAAUUGCCACUGCUGGGGAGAACAGAGCCAGACUGGAAAAGAAAACCCAAAUGAAGAGAAUGAGGGCCCUCGGAGAGUAAAUGGCGGCCUCCACCUCCACAGAGAGCAAGUUGGCCUCCUGGUGGAACUAUUUUUUCCUCUAUGAUGGUUCCCAGGUGAAGGGAGAAGGAGAUCCAACCCGAGCUGGCAUCUGUUACUUUUAUCCCCCGCAGACCCUGCUGGACCAACAGGAGCUGCUGUGUGGACAGAUCGCUGGGGUUGUCCACUGCGUUUCCCACAUUUCCGGCGCUCCUCCUGCCCUUGUCCGCCUGCGGAAACUGAAGUUCGCCGUAAAGGUUGACGGUGAUCACCUCUGGGUGCUGGGCUGUGCCGUGGAGCUCCCCGACGUCAGCUGCAAGCAGCUUCUGCACCGGCUCAUUGGCUUCUUUCGUUUUCACAAUGGGCCCGUGUCUCUGGCCUGCAAGAGCUGCCCGCGGGAAGAACUGCACGCCGAGUGGGACACGCUCAUCGAGCACAUCCUGGGGAACACGGGCGACCUGCACAAGAUCUUCAGCUGCCUCUGGCACCUGGAUCAAACCAAAGUGGAGCCCCUGCUCCUGCUCAAGGCGGCCCUCAUCCUGCAGACCUGCCAGCGCGCGCCCCACGUGCUCGCCGGCUGCAUCCUCUACGCGGGACUGAUCGUCAGCACCCAGCUCCCACCCUCCGUCACGGCCAAGGUCCUGCUUCAUCGCGUGGCACGUCAGGACCAGAGGAAACCUACGGGAGGGGACGCCCUGCAGGAAUGUGGAGCUGCGCUCCCUCCCAACGUUCAGAUCACGCCUGUUUUUCUGACUGAAGAGGAAGCCGCCAGUCUCCGCGAGUUUCCCCGGGAGCCCCCGGCCAGCACUCCGGUGCCUCCAGCCAGACUCCAGGAGCCUUCAGCUGCUCCGAAAGAAAACGCCCCCGGACACGUGGGCUCCAAGGCUCAGACCUCGACGACCACACCUGAACCCCCGUCUCCUGAUGCCGCCUGGGCAGAUGGCAGUGGGGAGAACGGACACUGGCCCGGCCCUGACCUGAAGAUCACACUGCCCACAAUGCGGCACUGCACUGCUGAGGGCAAGGGUUCGGGUUUGUUUGGGGGGAACGGGGACCUGGACUUGUCUGAAAUCCACAUCCCAGAGGCUCAGAAAACAGAAGCAUCCCCGGGCCAUCCUGCUGCAGAUGGCGGGGGUCCUGGUUGUGAGCAAUCUGUCCACAACCCCGGCAGUCCCGGAGCCAAGCCGCACGGGGCCCUGCCCCUGGGCCGCCUCCCCACCUCUGCUCCUGAGGUGGUCCCCCAGAAUGGAGCCCUCGAGCAGCCCGCAGACCUUCCUGGCAGUGGUGGCCAAGCCCCCGUCACCAGGGAAGACCACGUCCCCGGCGGGACGAGCGGGCCUGGGCGGGCACCUUGCUUGGAUUUGAGGCAGAGGGGCACUGAACUGCCCCUGGAGGAACACGGUGGAGAGGAGCACCGCAGUGGGGCUCCCAAGGGCUGCUUGGCGCCCGGCCCGGACUCCACAGACCCCUCAGACGAAGGCCCCUCUGCAGACAGAACCGUGUCCAGGGGGAGCCUGGCCUCCCACGAGGGGCUCGUGCGGAUGAACCUCUACACUCACAGCGUCAAGGGCCUGGUGCUGUCGCUACUGGCCGAGGAGCCGCUGCUGGGGGACCGCGCGGCCGUGGACGAGGUGUACCACGGCAGCCUGGCGUCCCUCAACGGGCUGGAGGUGCACUUGAGCGAGACCCUGCCCCGGAACCAAGCAGCCCCCGCGGCCAGAACCUACAGCUUCGCACACUACGACCGCGUCCAGAACUUGCUAGCAGCCAACCUGCCGCAGGUGACCACGGCGCAGGACCACCGCUUCCUCCAGGCUGUCAGCCUGAUGCAUUCCGACUUCUCCCGGCUGCCCACGCUGUAUGAGGUGACCGUCAGGAACGCCUCCACGGCUGUAUACGCCUGCUGCAACCCUGUUCAGGAAACCUACUUCCAGCAGCUGGCCACAGCGGCGCGGAGCUCUGGCUUCCCGAACCCGCAGGACGGUGCCUUCGGCCUCCCAGGCAAAGCCAAACAGAAGCUGCUAAAGCACGGGGUGAACCUGCUCUGAACCAUGGGUCGCUCCUGACCCUCGCGGUGACUCUCAAAUCAAACCCCAGCAAAGGAAGUGCCGUCUUGUUAAGUGGAAAGCCCCUCUGUUUUACUUUCCCUGGAAUAGUCCUCUUUUUGGGGA